AUGGCCGACGGUCUUCAAAUGGGCAACCUGUCCAUCAACGAUUCCCAGCACGCUCCCCAGGGGGGCUCGGGCGCUGGAGCCGGCAAUAUGGACAGUGCUGCUCCUCCCCCCGGCCCUGGCUACGGUGGUCCUCGGGGUGGUCCUCGCGGCGGCAACUGGGCCAACGCUAACGCUCCCGACUUCAGCCCUCGCGGCCCUGCCAAUGGUAACUUCAACUCCACAAAUCUCAAGUCCAACUGGGUCCCCCAUGGAGAAGCCCAACCUUUCAACCCACAUGCUUACGGAUAUCCCGCAUCAACAGGUUACAGCGGCGGCGGUGCUAGUGCUGGUGCCGGAGGUGGCUCUCAAGCCCGUGGCUCUGGUGAUGGCCAGUGGCGUGACGGCAAGCACAUUCCCGGUCCCGCUAACGCUCGCGUUGAGCGUGAGCUCUUUGGUAUCCCCAACGAUCCUACCAAGCAGCAGACCGGUAUCAACUUCUCCAACUACGAUGAUAUCCCCGUUGAGGCCUCCGGUGACAAUGUCCCCGAACCGGUUAACACUUUCACCAACCCUCCCCUUGAUGACCACUUGAUCACCAACAUCGGUCUCGCCAACUACGUUACUCCCACCCCCGUUCAGAAAUACUCUAUCCCUAUUGUCAUGGGCGGUCGUGAUCUCAUGGCUUGUGCCCAGACUGGUUCGGGUAAGACUGGUGGUUUCCUCUUCCCCAUCCUGUCUCAGGCUUUCCAGAAUGGCCCCUCCGCCGCUCCCGCCCAGGGUGGUGGUGGUCAGUUCAGCUACGGCCGUCAGCGCAAGGCCUACCCUACCUCACUCAUCCUGGCUCCCACUCGUGAGCUGGUUUCCCAGAUCUUCGAUGAGGCCCGCAAGUUCGCCUACCGCUCUUGGGUCCGCCCCUGUGUUGUGUACGGUGGUGCCGAUAUUGGUUCUCAGCUGCGCCAGAUCGAGCGUGGCUGCGAUCUGCUCGUCGCUACCCCCGGUCGUCUCGUCGAUCUGAUUGAGCGUGGUCGUAUCUCCCUCCAGAACAUCAAAUAUCUCGUUCUUGAUGAGGCCGAUCGCAUGCUGGACAUGGGUUUCGAGCCCCAAAUUCGUCGCAUUGUCGAGGGCGAGGAUAUGCCUCGUGUUGAGGACCGCCAGACCCUCAUGUUCUCUGCCACCUUCCCCCGUGAUAUCCAGAUGCUGGCCCGUGAUUUCUUGAAGGAAUACAUCUUCCUGUCUGUCGGCCGUGUCGGUUCCACCUCCGAGAACAUUACUCAGAAGGUUGAGUACGUUGAGGACAUGGACAAGCGUUCCGUUUUGCUGGACAUUCUCCACACCCACGGGACCAGUGGUCUGACCUUGAUCUUCGUCGAGACUAAGCGCAUGGCUGACUCCCUGUCCGACUUCCUCAUCAACCAGCGCUUCCCUGCCACUGCCAUUCACGGCGACCGCACCCAGCGCGAGCGUGAGCGUGCCCUCGAGCUCUUCCGAAACGGCCGUUGCCCCAUUCUGGUCGCUACUGCUGUUGCUGCCCGUGGUCUCGAUAUUCCCAACGUGACCCACGUUAUCAACUACGACCUCCCCACCGACAUCGAUGACUACGUUCACCGUAUCGGUCGUACUGGUCGUGCCGGUAACACUGGUAUUGCCACCGCUUUCUUCAACCGUGGCAACCGCGGUGUUGUCCGUGACCUCCUCGAGCUCCUGAAGGAGGCUCACCAGGAAGUUCCUGCUUUCCUGGAGAGCAUUGCUCGCGAGGGUAGCGGUUUCGGUGGCCGUGGUGGCCGUGGCGGUAGCCGUGGCCGUGGUAGCUCCAACGCCACCCGUGAUGUUCGUCGCUUUGGCGGUGGCAUGGGUGCCUCCCCCUCCACCUUCGGCAGCGGUAGCGCUUACGGCGCUGCUCCCUCCUACGGUGGCAGCGGCACCAUGGGUGGUGCUCCCUCCUACAGCAGCGGCGGUGCCAGCGGCGGCUAUGGCGGCGGCUACGGUGGUGGUGGUGGCGGCGGUGGUGGCAGCUACGGCAACCCCUCCGGCCCUACUGGUCCCUCUUCCUGGUGGUAA